AUGUUGGACACGACGGACGACAUCGCGGAGGGGAUAUCGUUCCAGGCGUUCGAGGACGACUGCCGCCUCCUCGCCAGCCUCCUCCACGACGUCCUCCUCCGCGAGCUCGGCCCCCGGUUCAUCCAAAUCCUCGAGCGCAACCGCAUCCUCGCGCAGGUACGCAUUUCCCUUGCCAUCGCGUCGCGCGAUCUCAUCAUUCGGGAAGCAGUGUACGUGUGUUAA